GGAAGGAGUGGCAUUUGGAUCUUGUUGCAACGAGUUUUCGAAUCUCUUCCGACUCCUCUCCGUUCAGUUUGAUCGCUCGUCCUUUUUCUUGUUUUUCUAUGGCCGUGGAAGGAGGAGGGACGCUAUCAGAGCUGUAUCAGAGCUCGAGGCGAUUGCUGUUGAAAACUAGAGAUGGAUUGGAACGCCUCGAACGCCUAGAAUUCUCCUCUUCGGCUGGUGCCGUCGGUUCUCCGGAGCUUGCAGUUGCCGUCCGGAGAGAUAUCGCUCAUAUUCAAACCCUCUGUUCCGAUAUGGACGGACUCUGGCGAUCUGUUGCUUCCAAGCCUCAGCGCGAUCUCUGGAAAAGAAAAGUGGAGCAAGUGGCUGAAGAGGCUGAUUCUUUCAGAGAAAGUUUAGAUAGGUAUUUCCAACGGCAGCAGAAAAGGAUGCAAGAAGCUCAAGAGAGAGCAGAAUUGCUUGGAAGAGCUAAUGGGGAGUCGUCUCAUGUUUUGAGAAUCUUCGAUGAGGAAGCACAAGCAAUGCAGUCUGCUCGUAACUCGUCUCGAAUGUUGGAAGAGGCAUCUGCAACUGGAGCAGCUAUCCUUGCUAAGUACUCUGAACAAAGGGAUCGCUUAAAGGGAGCACAACGGAAAGCGUUAGAUGUUCUCAACACACUGGGACUGUCGAAUUCUGUAUUAAGGAUCAUUGAGAGGCGGAAUCGAGUUGAUCAAUGGAUCAAAUAUGCAGGCAUGAUACUUACUUUCGUCAUUGUAAUUGCAUUCUUGAGGUGGACAAGGUGAGUUUUUGGUUCUAUUUUCCAUCUUCACCCCCAUCCGUUGGAUAGAAGGUUUCGGCUUAGCUUCAUUGUAUGGUUAAACAUGUUAUUGUAUAAAAGGGUUACUUGCUACUGGUUGACAUGCUUCAAUAGGAGAAAAUGAAAAUUUUGCUUGCU